CCAAACUACCGGCGCGAGCGAGGGCGCCGCUUCACUCUUUCCUCCACGCCCGCCCGCCCAGUUUUACCUCGCGCGCAGGGGGUGGGGGUGGGGGGUUGUGACAGAAAGCGCGUGCCCGUUAAGCGCGUUCUCUGUGGUCCAUCCCCUGCCCUGUCCAGCCUCUCACUCCUAGUCUCAAGGAAGAGUUGGUGAUGAUAAACCCGUCCAGCCUCUCACCGCCGCCUCCGCCCCGCGCGCACCCCCAAGCCCUUUUUCAUCGGCCCCAACAGGUGGGUCAGGCCGCCUGCGUCCCUACGGCUGAAUUUAGUAACACAGGCUGGCCAAACUGACUGCAGUGUGAAACAGAUCCGAUAGCACACACCCACCACAUCCCUCUCGGUCUCUGUGGAAGCUCUUGCCAGCCAGCUCCCCGCGGCCUGCACUGGACCAUGGCUUCUCCAGGGUUCUGGGCACUCGACUAUGAGGUUUACGGGGACGUCCAGGGUGUCUUCUUUAGAAAGUACACAGAAGAGCAGGGGAGGAAGUUGGGGGUGGUCGGCUGGGUGAAGAACACUGCCCAUGGGACUGUGACUGGCCAGGUGCAGGGGCCAAAGGAGAAAGUGGAGAUUAUGAAGAACUGGCUGCGCAGCGUAGGAAGCCCCAUGUCGCGCAUUGACCGGGCCGUGUUCUCCAACGAGAGGGCGAUCUCCAGCCUGGAGUUCCAGUCCUUCGCCACCAAGUAUUAAGGCCCGCUGCCUGGUCGGGAUGGAACAGCCAUCUUUAGGCACCUUGAAGGUUCUUCCACCCUGAAGGAGGCCGCACUCUCGACUCUCCCUGACUGGGACAGGCUCUGCUGCUGCCGUAUAACAGAGGCUGUAUACUAGACCCAGAGCACCUCUUUGGAUCCUCCAAACUGCGGGCUACAUGGAGAGUAACUGUCACCCCCCUGUCCCCACUAGGAUGCUGUGAGCUCGCUGCUCUUUUUGGCUAGAGGCUGUUGCUUUCUACCGCUUAUGCAGGGGGCAGGGUGGGGGCGAUCUGCAGCUGGAGGGGCCUGGCAAAAAACCCUCCCUCCAGAAAAGCCUGAAACUGCCCUCCUUUCCUCACAGUGUGUGCAUAAGCACCACUGGGCAAAGUUAGCAGCAUCCUCCUUUGGACUAGAAUAGUAACAAAAGGCUUUGGAGAGAUUCCACAGCCACGCACUGGACGCAGGCUUCCCCUUCCCCCACAUUGUCAAUUGCCACUCAGCAAGGAUGUUAGCUUAUUAAAAAAAAAUUAAAGUAUAAUAAAAAUUGA